AUUCGGAGGAAGUAAUAAGAAAAGAAAAAACCAAAUGAAUUUUUUUUCCGUCGUACUCUGACUCGCAUCUGCUCUUCAUCUCCUUCCUCCCCCGCCUCUUAAAACCCUCAAGAAAACCACCAUCUUGUAGAUGUAUCACCACCUCUAGUUAGCGCCGCCUCUGUCAGCCAACUCUCCUCCUCUGCCACUGCUAUUCUCGUUGUUCACAACAGUGGGCGGCUUUCUUGUGGUAAUAAUUGAGAAUGACUUUACCUGGUUUAGGAACAAUAAGGUUUUUGCAAUUAGUUUGGGAUUUCUGCCUGUUGAGACCUGUUGCUAGUAGUGAUUCAUAGGAAAACGGAAACUUUAGAAUGUCAAGUAAAAAGGAAGAGAAAGGAGAAGCUGCAGCAGACAGAAUAAAAGCAGCAGCCUUGUCUGCUGCAAAGGGUCUAAGCCGAGCCCAAGCAGAGAGAGCGGCCACUGCUGCAGCGAGAAACGUAAAUGCUUAUGGACAGAAGGAAGAGGGGCCUAGCAGAUGGCAAGAGAGAAAAGAAGCAAAGAGACAGAUGUACUUGAUGAGUACUGAGAAGGCUGUGAGACUUGGUGAGAGGAAAGAUCUCAAGGCCAGUGUGUCCUCUGUAGGAGGAGUAACUUCACAAUGCCAAAAAUGUUUCCAACCAGGUCAUUGGACUUAUGAAUGUAAGAAUGAUAGGGUCUACAUCUCACGUCCCUCUAGGACCCAGAUCCUCAAGAACCCUAAACUAAGGCAGAAAUUGAUGGCCUCUUAUAAUGAUGAUAAUCCUGAUAUUAAACGGGAGGAAGUGGCGGAGGAGGAGGUGAAAGUAGAAAAGCGAAAGAAGAAGAGUAAGAGGAAACAUAGGUCAGAUACAGAGUCUAGUAGUGAGAGUGAAGCUUCAGAUAGCAGGUCUUCAGCUUCUGGGUCUGAUUACUCAUCAGAGAGUGCUUCAAGCUACAGCUCUUCAUCAGAUUCUGAAGAUGAGAGGAGGAGGAGGAGGAGGAAGAGGACAACAAAGGGACGACGUAAGAGUAAGAAGUACAGCUCUUCAUCUGAAUCAUCAGAUUCUGACUCUAGCUCAGAUUCUGAUUCGGGUAAGAAUGGAAAGAGUAAGAAGAAGCACAGUCGUAGACGCUAGACCAGAUAGCCAGCUGGUUUGGACAAUGCUCAAGUCUGUUCAUGUUUCUUCUGAGCCCUAUCAGUUUUUUUUUUUUACUGUAAUUGGAUCUUCUUCAAUUUCCUGGAGAGGGAGUAGAAAAUACAUAUAUCUGUAAGUCGGAAUUUGUAACUCUAAUUUCUUCCUUCAUGUUGAUUCUACUUUAGGUUUUGAGUUAUGCUACAUGAGAAUUCUGUUGAUGAUUUGUGUCAGCAACUUGGAUGUAAGCUUUUGAGAUGUAGGCGUUUUUGCUCUAUGUAUCAGACGAAUUUCAGCAGCUGUUUUUCACAAGUGCU